UAGGACCCGCCCCUUUAUCCCCGCCCCCCGGCCAAUGCUGAGCUCAGUCUGUGUUUCGUCCUUCCGCGGGCGCCCGGGGGCCAGCAAGCAGCAGCCGGCGCCACCGCUGCAGCCGCCCGAGUCCCCGCCGCCGCUGCCCCCGCCACUGCCAUCAGCGCCGCUGCAGCAGCAGCAGCCUGCGCAGCCCGGCUCCGCCGCGUCCCCGGCGGGCCCUCCGUUACCCCACGGGCCCGGGGGCCAGCGCGCCGAGCCAUGCCCCGGGCUGCCGGCGGCGGCCAUGGGGCGGCACGGCGGCGGCGGUGGCGACAGCGGCAAGAUCGUGAUCAACGUGGGCGGCGUGCGCCAUGAGACGUACCGCUCGACGCUGCGUACCCUGCCGGGGACGCGGCUGGCAGGCCUGACGGAGCCGGAGGCGGCCGCGCGCUUCGACUACGACCCCGGCGCCGACGAGUUCUUCUUCGACCGGCAUCCGGGAGUCUUCGCCUACGUGCUCAACUACUACCGCACCGGGAAACUGCACUGCCCAGCCGACGUGUGCGGGCCUCUCUUCGAGGAGGAACUCGGCUUCUGGGGCAUCGACGAGACCGACGUGGAGGCCUGCUGCUGGAUGACCUACCGGCAGCACCGCGACGCUGAGGAGGCGCUGGACUCCUUCGAGGCACCGGAUCCCGCGGGCGCCGCUAACGCCGCCAAUGCCGCGGGAGCCCACGAGGGAGGCCUGGACGACGAGGCGGGUGCGGGCGGCGGCGGCCUGGACGGUGCGGGCGGCGAGCUCAAGCGCCUCUGCUUCCAGGACGCGGGCGGCGGCGCCGGGGGGCCGCCCGGGGGAGCGGGCGGCGCGGGCGGCACCUGGUGGCGCCGCUGGCAGCCCCGCGUGUGGGCGCUCUUCGAGGACCCCUACUCGUCGCGGGCCGCCAGGUAUGUGGCCUUCGCCUCCCUCUUCUUCAUCCUCAUCUCCAUCACCACCUUCUGCCUGGAGACCCAUGAGGGCUUCAUCCACAUCAGCAACAAGACAGUGACGCAGGCCUCUCCAAUCCCUGGGGCUCCGCCAGAGAAUAUCACCAAUGUGGAGGUGGAGACAGAGCCUUUCCUGACCUACGUGGAGGGUGUGUGCGUGGUCUGGUUCACCUUUGAGUUCCUCAUGCGCAUCACCUUCUGCCCAGACAAGGUGGAGUUUCUCAAGAGCAGCCUCAACAUCAUCGACUGUGUUGCCAUUCUGCCCUUCUAUCUGGAGGUGGGCCUGUCGGGCCUCAGCUCCAAGGCCGCCAAAGAUGUGCUGGGUUUCCUGCGCGUUGUGCGUUUUGUCCGCAUCCUGCGUAUCUUCAAGCUGACCCGCCACUUCGUGGGGCUGCGUGUGCUGGGCCACACGCUCCGUGCCAGCACCAACGAGUUCCUGCUGCUCAUCAUCUUCCUGGCCCUGGGGGUGCUUAUCUUUGCCACCAUGAUCUACUAUGCUGAGCGCAUUGGCGCUGACCCUGAUGACAUCCUGGGCUCCAACCACACCUACUUCAAGAACAUCCCCAUUGGCUUCUGGUGGGCCGUGGUCACCAUGACAACCCUGGGCUAUGGAGACAUGUACCCCAAGACAUGGUCAGGCAUGCUGGUCGGGGCAUUGUGUGCUCUGGCAGGGGUGCUCACCAUCGCCAUGCCUGUGCCUGUUAUUGUCAACAACUUUGGCAUGUACUAUUCACUGGCCAUGGCCAAGCAGAAGCUGCCCAAGAAGAAGAACAAACAUAUCCCCCGGCCCCCGCAGCCUGGCUCACCCAACUACUGCAAGCCCGAUCCACCACCCCCACCGCCACCCCACCCUCACCAUGGCAGUGGAGGCAUCAGUCCGCCACCGCCUAUCACUCCACCCUCCAUGGGGGUGACUGUGGCCGGGGCCUACCCCCCGGGGCCCCACACACACCCUGGGCUGCUCAGGGGGGGAGCAGGGGGGCUGGGAAUCAUGGGGCUGCCUCCCCUGCCAGCCCCUGGUGAGCCUUGCCCCUUGGCUCAGGAGGAGGUGAUUGAGAUCAACCGGGCAGAUCCCCGCCCCAAUGGGGAUCCAGCAGCAGCUGCACUUGCCCAUGAGGACUGCCCAGCCAUUGACCAGCCCGCCAUGUCCCCAGAGGACAAAAGCCCCAUCACACCUGGAAGCCGGGGCCGCUACAGCCGGGACCGGGCCUGCUUCCUCCUCACCGACUAUGCCCCUUCCCCUGAUGGCUCCAUCCGAAAAGCCACUGGUGCUCCCCCACUGCCCCCCAUAAACUGGCGUAAGCCAGGCCCCCCAAGCUUCUUGCCCGACCUCAACGCCAACGCUGCAGCCUGGAUAUCCCCCUAGUGGAUGAACCCCUUCCCCCCAGGGUAAGUAGCCCCCACCCUCUGAUCCCCGACUCCCCCAUGCCUCCUGACCAACUCCUCUGAGAACAUGCAGCCCCCACUGACCAAGACUCCUGCUCCCUCACUGAACAGCUCAUCCACUUAACCCCAGCACCUGACACUGACACCCCCUCCCCCCCGCCCCGGGCAUGCUCUGCCCCCACUAACCCCCAGCACCAUUCCCAGCCCUGCCUCCUACACCUGACCCUGACCUCCCACCCUGCUGUCACAACUGAGCUCCAUUCUCCCCCAUCAACAUCUCCCUCUCUGCACCCUCCUUUGGAUUUUUUAUUCAAUCAGGGUCCACAACUAGGAUGCUCUUCUGGGUGCAGAAUGGGGUGAGAAAGGCUUAUCUGCCUGUCCACUCUCCUGCACACAGCCAGCACUCAGCACCCACAUGUCCUGGUGCUGGGCACUGGGAGCUCAGCCAUGAGUAAAAUCCAGGAGCUUCCAGUCUGGAUGGGGAGGUAGAUAGAGACCUAGAAAGUCACUGUGUGAGAUGAUAUAUGAUAAAAAGCAUAGUCAGAGGAAGCACAGAACUCCUUGUGGUGGAGAGGAAGCCUCUUGGAGAGAGCAAGCAGACAUGUGAUUCCAUUAGAUAGUAACUAGAAGGAACCACACAGGAAAUCCUUGGAGCCCAUGUCCUAGAGGGAGAGGGAUUAAGAGGUGGAGAUGUAGCAGGGAAACUGUGUCCAGGCUGGGGGUGAGAUCUUGUCUAGGGGCAGCUCUGGGGCUGUAUUGGGAUAGACUGGAAGGAGGCUGGCCAGAGUGAAUGCCCAAAGGGAAGCCAGGGCUGUAGGGAUGAGGAGAAAGGGAUGGGGGGUUGUCAGGGAUUUGGUGGGGACAGACUGGGGACUGAUGUCAGGAAGAACUGUUUAGUAGAUGAAUCCUCCAGCAAACACGUGAAGCACUUAACCACAUGCUAAGUAUUUUAUUUAGCACAUGUUUUAGUCCUUUUAACAACUCUAGCCAGCCCCUAAGCUUUCAUUCAUGUCAUUCAGCAACUAAGUUCUGAAUGGCACUGGAGAUUUGGGAGUGAACAAAGCAAGAAUCUGCCAUCACAGUUUACAAUCUCCCAUCCAAGUACUAGCCGGGACCAACCUUAGCUUCUGAGAUCAGCAGUUCAGGGCUGUGUGGCCACAGACAGUAGCGUAUAGUCUAAAGUAGAAGUUGUCAAACUAACUAUACAGAGCACCAGGCACAAAUCUUGCUGCCAUCUGCUUUUGCAAAUAAAGCUUUAUUUAUUUAUUUCGAGACAGAAUCUCAAUUUGUCGCCCUCAGUAGAGUGCUGUGACAUCACGGCUCACAGCAACUUCCAAAUUUCCAACUCUUGGGCUUAAGCAAUUCUCUUGUCUCAGCCUCUCAAGUAGCUGGGACUACAGGCACCCACUACACACCUGGCUAUUUUUUGUUGUAGUUGUCAUUGUUGUUUAGCUGGCUCUGGCCAGCUUUGAACCUGCCAGCUUCAGUGUAUGUGGCUGGCGCCAUAACCACUGUGCUACAGGUGCUGAGCCUAAAUAAAGCUUUAUUGAAACACAGCCAAUGUUAGGCUAUAUCAGCAGAGUGAAUGUAUAGCCUCCUUUGCCAAAAAGACUUACUACCUGGCUCUUACAGAAAGUUUGCUAAUCUCUGUUUGGAGGAAGCACAAAAUAAAUAAUUGAGAAAAAGAGGAAAGAACAAGAUAAUUACUCUGGUCACUUCAGUUAAGGAGGUCUGAAGGAUCUUUGAGGGGUGACAUGAAACCUGAAGGAUGAAAAGGGCUAGCCUGGCAGAAGGAACAGUAAGUGCCAUAGACCCUGAGGUGUUGGAGUGGAAUGAGCUUGGUUUGUUAAAGGAACAGCAAGGAGGGCAGUAUGGCUGGAGUCAAGUGGCCGGAGGAGAGGGGUGCAGAAGGAGUCUGAGGAGAAAGAUCAUGAUGGUUUUUUGUGGCCAUGAUGAGGAGGCUAGAUUUUAUUUAUUUUUAAUUUUUAAUUUUUUGAGAUACAGUCUCAGUCACCCUGAGUGCUGUGCUGUGGUAUCACAGCUCACAGCAAUCUCAAACCCCUGGGUUGAAGUGAUGUUUCUUCAAUCUCCUGAGUAGCUGAGACUACAGGCACCUGCCACAAUGCCUAGCUAAUUUUCUAUUUUUAGUAGAGACUGGGGUCUCACUCUUGCUCAGGCUGGUCUCAAGCGAUCUUCCUGCCUUGGCCUCCCAGAGUGCUGGGAUUACAGGGGUGAGCCACUGGCCCUCCUGGGUCUAGGGCCUAGGGCCUAGAUUUUAUUUUAUUUUUUUUGAGACAGAGUCUCAUUAUGUCGCCCUCGGUAGAGUGCCAUGGCAUCACAUCUCACAGCAACCUCAAACUCUUGGGCUUAAGCAAUUCUCUUGCCUCAGCCUCCUGAGUAGCUGAGACUACAGGUGCCUGCCACAAAGCCCGGCUACUUUUUGGUUGCAGUUGUCAUUGUUGUUUAGCAGGCCUGGGUCGGGCUGGAACCCACCACCUUCCAUGUAUGUGACCGGUGCCCCACUUGCUGAGCUAUGGGCACUGAGCCCCUAGAUUUUAUCUUAGAUGUGAUAGGGGGCCACUUGAAGGUAUUUGAUCCAUCACUUAUUCAUUCAGCAAACCUGUUAACCCUUCCUUAGAAAUAAAGAGACACAUGCUAAAGAAUCUCUGCCCACAGGCUAAGUAGAUGUCAUAGGGAAACUUGGGGAGCUCCAGGAUGACCUUAGCUAAACCCUCAUAUUUCACAGAAGUUCAGGGAGGGCCGUGACUAAUCACCCCAGGCCACAUAGCAGAUGGGGACAAGAACCAGGCUUUGAGGCUCCUAGUUCAGAGGGGACCAUUUGGGUCCUCUUGUUCAAUCCCUUCACUUCUCCUUUUUGCAGCCCCUCCUUUAUCAUCCAUUUUCAUCUCAUACCCACCCCCUCCCUGCUCCCAUCUAACCCUUCCUCUGGCUUGCACCCAGUUCUUCACCACCCGUUGUUCCUCACCCCCAGGUCUGGAGGGCCCCCAUGGAAUUAUGUGGAGGGGGUGGGGGAAGAUCUGGGAAUUUGGGUGAGGGAGGAUUGGGGAUGGGGGUGGCAGGGUGGGAGAGGUCCCUGCUUCUCAUGCCUAAGAUGCCAAAAUCCAUUCAUUGAACUCAAAUCAUGGCUGGAGCUGAUGGGGCUGACAGAAUCUGCCCCAGAUGCCGGGCUUCUCCCCUACCCAAAGACAUUCUUCCUGGAUAUCCUUCUGCCCCCUACCACCAGGUUUUCCCUCCCCCAAGAUCCUCUUUCCUUUAUUACCCCACCUCUCCUCCCAACGACUUUUCUACCAUGACCUUCCCUCCCCAACUGUAUCCCCAAGGUCCUUCUCCCAAGACCCCCCCUCUCUCUCAGCCUGCCUCCCACCCCUGCCCCUGUCUCCUAACACUGUCCCUUUCCAGCCACUUAAAUCCAACAUGUCUGUUCCCAUUUCCUCCCCAGCCUGCACGCUCCUCCCAACCUUCUUCUCUCUCCCCUUCCCCAACCCCUCCCCCAGCCACCCCGGAAGCUCCUUCCAUAUUUGAUGUCUCGGCUGCCCCCAUUUCACUGCUCCCCUUUCCCGGAAAACACCAAAGAGGAGGAAGAGAUCCCGGCGUUUCUCCGUCCCCCCAACAGUGAGGCUGUGUUGGGGGGUUCCCCCCAUCCACCUCCCCCCGCGCCGUGACUCUGUGUAUUUCUGUCUCCAGCUCUUGUCACCGCCUGAGACCUCGCGAGACCCUCGGUCCCCCCCUGCCCCUUCCCCCCAGGUUAGCAAUUGGGAAUGGCUGGGAGGGGGUGUCCCCAAGAUACUGGGUUUCAAACCACCACCAUCCCCAGCCCUCACUCCUGCAGUCAAGACACUGGUGUCCAGACAACCCAAUUAGCAUUGCCUAGAAAAACCCCAGAGCUCCUCGGAGAGGCUGGCACGCGCAGACAGCUCCCGGAUCCCAGAUCCCAUCAGCUACUGACUGUUGGAAACUUCCCCUCAGGCAUCAGAAACUCAGCGCCUUCCCAGACCCUUUUAAGAUCCGCCCCCCGCGCCCCCCACUCAGAACCCUCCGGAUGACCGCCCCCCCCCCAACCCCCUGCUCUUGGAGUUUACUGACUCCCCUAGAGCACUGCCUGCUUUUGCUCCAUUCAGCUCCCUCACAGAUUCUCCCCAGCCAUCUCUCUUCCCCCUACAACUAGGUUAGCCCCCCAGACCUCCUGGCCCCAUGCGGUUCCCUCCGAGGCCCCUCUAGCGGCUGCUCCCCUACAUGCAUUCCACCUAGCCCUCCCCCGUGCCCUACCGCCCACCAUCCCGCCUUGCUGCCCCCACCUUUUCGCCUCAGACGAGGGGACCAACCGGGAGGUGAAGGAACGGGGCGGGCCGCGGUGGGGGAGGGGCGGGGAGGCUCGGUGGGCGCCACCCCGCCUCCUAAUCCUGAGUCUCUCCCCCCUCCCCAAUGUCUCUACCUUUCUCGUUGAUGCUGACUGACUCCGAUUUGUUCGCUUUCUCUCUCCAUCUCCUUGGUCCGCCUCUGUCCAUCCAUCUCUGUCUCUUGCAUCCAUCUUUUUGUGUCUCCGUGUCUGUCUUGUCUUUAUCUCCCUGUCUCUUACCCUGUCUCUCUGGGUAUCUCUUACCCUCUCCUUCCAUCUCCUUCUCUCUUUGUUUUUCUCCCUGUCUUGGGGGUGGGUCUCUGUCGACCCGUCCCCCAUCUCCCGGUGUUUCUUCCUCACCCCCCACCCCCAGGUUACGAGAAAUCCCGCAGUCUGAGCAGCAUCGCGGGCCUGAGCGGGGUGUCCCUGCGCCUCGCGCCCCUUGCCACCCCCCCUGGCUCUCCCCGGGCCGCCCGCCGCGCUCCCCCAACCCUGCCCUCCAUCCUCUAGCGCUC